AUGAAUUUUGCUUCCUUUCUGUCUCGAAUUGAGACCACCAUCGACAAGGCUCUCUCCACUUCAACAGAUGCUUCUUCCGAAGCAACAACAACACAACAACAAAAUGAAAACGUAAAAACUCCCAGCAAGAACGUAUCUACUCCUGUCAAAAGCUCAUCAUUGACCAAAACGCCCUCGUCCGAUCAAGUCAAUAAACAACUGAAAACACCCACUACAACACAAACGACCAGUACUACCACAAAUGUUGCGUUUAACCCGAACAGGUGUAUUAGAGUCAAAUUGAGUGAUGCUUCGCAGGAAGAUCCAGAAGUGAAGGAAUUAAAAGAGCAAAUAGAAGCAUUAACCAAAGCUUCUGUAUAUCAUCAGGAACAAAACGAGGAGUCAUCUAAAACAAUUAAUGAUUAUUCGAAUAAGAUUAAGAUUUUAGAAAAGGAAAAACAAAAAAUUCAAACAAGCUUUGAUGAUUUAACCAUGGAAACCAAGGAAAAAGAAAAACAAUUCGAAACUCUCAAAGAAGAGUUCAGUACCAGACUUGGAAAAGAAGAAAACAAAACUGCGGUUUUGAGAAGAGACAAAGAACAGUUAAAGAAAGAGGUUCAAGCAAAAGAAAAAACUAUAUCGGACCUAACGUCACAGCUUGAAAAAGAAAUUCAAGAAAAAGAAAAUUUUAAGCAGCAAAAAGAAAAAUUGGAACAACAAUUAAAGGAACAAGAACAAAAGAAAACGGAAGAAAAAAUUGAGUUACAAAACUCGCAAAUCACAUCCCAUUUGAAACAAAUAGAGUCCCUUGAAAAAUCAGUCUCUGAAUUAACAAAUGAAAAUGAACAAAAUAAGAAAAUAAUUAAGGAUCUACGAAAGGAGUAUGACCUUGAGAUUGAAAUGAAGUUGGCAGAAGUAGUCAAGAAGCAUGAAAUUGAAUUGAGCGAUCUGCAGAAAACAAUAGAACAAUUGCGAGAAAUGGUUUCAUCUGUAAAUAAGACAAGCGAAGAAAAAUUAGAUGUACUCAAAAAAGAAGCCGAGUCUUGGAUGAAAAAGUAUCGAGAACUUGAAGAGAGGUCUCAAGAACUUUUCACACUUGUACCAGAUGCCACAAAGCCACUUUUGGAGCAAAUCAAUUCCCUCGAAAAAACUACAGCGGCCAAGACAUCUUCGUUCACGGAGCGUGAGAAGAAGUAUCAAGCCAAACUUCAAAUAGCAGAAAAUAGUCUCAAAAUGUCAGAACAAGAAGUUACCAGAUUAAACAAGCUUAAUGAUAGGCUAAAGCAAACAAAUAUGGAAUUAGAAAAGGAGGCUUCGGAGUUGAAGGAGUCAUUUAUAGCCGAAAAACAUAAAGCAGAUCAGGAACGAACAAAACGACUGCAACUGGAAAUGACUGUGAGCUCGUUACAGAACUCUUUAGCGAGAGUACAAGAAGAAAAUAGAUAUUUGGAUCAACAAAUGACUGAACUAAACACGACAAUAUCCAAGCUUAACUAUGAGAUUGAGGUACUAUCACAGAACACCCACCCAUACCUUCACGAAAAACCUCAAAAUCUUCGAUCUUCAACAAAUGCAUCUCCAAAAACGCCAACCCCUGAAACGAACAGUCCUGAGUCUUUGCUGAUUGAAAAACCUAAUGACAACCAAGAUACAGGAUUAAUGCCAUCGUUAAAUACUACCUCCAGUUUGGUUGCUCCAAGCGAAUUAGAAGAAGAAAUACGGCAAAAGGAUUUAAAAAUCAAAACGCUUUAUGAGAAAAUUAGAGAGUUGGAAGAAAUUAAGGACGAUCUGACAGAACGGUUGUCCAUGUACAAACAAACUAAUCAAACUCUUGCAAAUGAAAUUAAGGAAAAGGAAGUAUUGGUCAAGCAAGCCAAUGAUCUGACCUAUCGCUAUGAGGCAGCUUUAGAUUUGAUUGGAGAAAAGGAAGAAACCCUUCAGAGCCUUCAAGAAGAGUUCAAAUAUGUGAAGGAGACUUUUAGAAAUCAAGUUAAUGAGCUUUUGAAAGAAAUUGAAACACUCAAGGCUGUCAAGUAG